UCCAGGAGAGCCUCAGCGGGAGGAGCGGCGCGAGAGUCUCCGGCUGCCGCUGCAGGCGCUCCAAAGCUCCGCCGCCUCCCCCUCCCAGCCCCGCGUCCCAGGCAGCCUCCGUGCCGCCCAGCGGGUACGCGCCGAGGAGGCAUGCCAAGGAGCGGGGCGGCGGCAGCGGCAGCGGCACUGCCCUCUGCCUGCACCCCUCGCUCUUACUGCUGCGCGGGCAGAGGGGGCGAGAAGCCAGGCACCAGAAGCUGCGUCUGCGGUUAAGGGGCGCUCCCCCCGCUCCCGCGGGAUCCUGCUCCCCAGCCUCCUGCCCUCCCCGUCCCAUCCACUAUGGUGCUUCAGCCUGGGACUUUGCACUCCUGUUCUUGCGCAUGGCUCCAUCGCGUGCCGGAGGAGGACUGGGUACCGUCAGAGCCCUAAUUAGGGAGGAUGGCUUCGGGGGAUGAGCACAGCCUCGGGAGCGGCGAGGAGGAGGAGAGCCAACUGCAGCUGACUUGCUGAGGAGGGUGCGACCCCCAGGCUGGCUGUGGGGGUCCCCCCCCAGACUUCAGCCCACCUCCCUCGCUCUGUCAGGAUCUGCGGUCCGGGUCCGGACCCCGCCUUGUAGCAGCACAGCAGCAGCACAUCGUGGCCAACUUGCUGGGAGAGAGCAGUCCCUGCUGCUGCCCUGGCUGAGGAGCUCCCAUUCCCUGAACCCAGCGGCAGCAGAGCCAGGGGGUGGCUUGCUGGGGAGCGGGCUUUCUUUGGGGGAAUCCCCCAGCGCAGCCCAGCUCCCCGCUCCUGCAGUCAGCCCCCAGCCCCAGGAGCUGCACCGGGCUGACUUGCUGGGGAGCGGGCAGAGCCCGGGCUGGCUUUGGGGUCCCCCCGUCUGCUGCCGGGGCGGCCGCGGUCAGGGAGGUUGGACUUGGGCGGCCACCAUGUCUAAGACGGCGGAUAGCGGCGGAGCGGCCCCAGCCGAGGACCUGUCCAAGGUGUCCGACGAGGAGCUGCUGAAGUGGAGCAAGGAGGAGCUGAUCCGCAGCCUGCGCAGGGCCGAGGCGGAGAAGAUGAGCGCGAUGCUGGACCACAGCAACCUCAUCCGGGAGGUGAACCGCCGCCUGCAGCUCCACCUCGGCGAAAUCCGCGGCCUCAAGGAUAUCAAUCAGAAGUUGCAAGAAGAUAACCAAGAACUGAGAGACCUUUGCUGUUUUCUGGACGAUGAUAGGCAGAAAGGCAAGAAGGUAUCACGAGAGUGGCAGAGAUUGGGCAGGUACAGUGCUGGGGUUAUGCACAAAGAGGUUGCCUUAUAUUUACAGAAACUGAAAGAAUUGGAAGUGAGACAAGAAGAAGUGGUUAAGGAAAACAUGGAACUGAAAGAACUAUGUGUAUUGCUUGAUGAAGAGAAAAGUGGUGGAGCAGGCAGCAGGAGUUCCAUUGACAGCCAAAUCAGCCUGUGCCAGCUAAAUGCAGCAAGUACUUACAUACGAGAUGUUGGUGAUGGGAGCAGCACCUCUAGCACUGGAAGUACGGACAGUCCAGACCAUCAUAAACACCAUCCAAAUACUAGUCCUGAACAUCUCCAAAAAAGUAAGGGCGAGGGAAGCCCUGAGCAUCAAAAACAUAGGAGUCUUAGCCCAGAGCAUCUCCAAAAACCUAAGAGUUCUGGAAGUCCCGAUCACCAGAAGCAUCUAAAAGGACCAAGCCCAGAACAUCAUAAAAAUGUUGGCAAAGGUAGUCCUGAACAGCAAAAGCAUACCAGUAGUAGUCCAGAAACUCUUCCAAAGCACAUUUUAAGUAGUAGCCCUGAACAUUUUCAAAAACAUAGGCCUAGUAGUAGCCCAGAGCAUCAAAAGCACAGCAGUGGCAGCCCUGAGCAUCUUCAAAAACACACAUUGAGUGGAAGCACAGAACAUCUCCAGAAAGUGAGGGGGACAAGCCCUGAGCAUCUCAAACAACAUUAUGGAGGGAGUCCGGAGCAUCUCAAACAUCUUAGUGGGGGCAGCAGAGAAGGUACCCUAAGGAGACAAGUAGCGGAUGAUAUGUCACCUCAUCACAGGAGUGUAUACAAUGGAAUGAAUGACUCAACCUUGUCCUAUGUUAGGCAGCUGGAGGCAAGAGUAAGACAGCUGGAGGAGGAAAAUCGCAUGCUACCCCAGGGUCCCCUUAGGAUGCCAUCAGGGGCGGAUGGGAGUUACUGCUCUCCAAACCAUCCAGCUAGCUUCAGUGGACAUGUCUCACCUUCUCAGCAGCCUGAAGCAGUGGUAAAUGCUAUUAAGGUCUUGGAAGCUCAGGAAAAUAUAGAUCGGCAGCAUGGUAAAGAGUAUGAUCAUGAUCUUAGUGAGACAGAAAAAGCUAUAGUCAGAGAAAUGUGCAAUGUUGUGUGGCGGAAGCUUGGAGAUGCUGCAGGUUCAUGUCCUGGAAUUAGACAACAUUUGUCAGGAAAUCAGUAUAAAGGACCUAUGUAAAAGGACCUGAAUGUCACCUUUCUCAGAAGAUAGAGUUUAAAUGGCCAGUGACGGAUAGAGGGAACUUUCUCUAUCCACAGUAACUUCUCAGCUGACAACAGGAUGUCUACAUGCAGUAUACAUGACUUCUUUGAAACAGCGGUGAAGUGGUUAAAAAAAAGUGGCUAAACUGACCUAAACUCCAUAGUCUCUGACUGAGAAGUGGGUAAACUCUGUUUACUCUUGACUACACUACUGCUUUGAAAAUUGGCACAGCUUCUUCAUAAAAGUCUUUCAGACAACAGUUAUGUACCCUAGAGUCCUGGCACUGUCAUUUCAGUAUACUGUAUAGUUAAACUCUGCCUCUUAGCCAUCGCAUUUUCAUUCAAAACUACACACGCAGAAUGAAAAGAUCUGAAUGCUUCUUAUUUAAAACAUAAUUGGUAUUCUUCAGGAGAUACACAAAAAUGUUUUUUUAAAAAGAUAGUUAUGGUGAACGUUCAUUGAGUCUGAAUGAAUUUUCCAUUAGGUUUAGCAGGAGUUUUUCACCAGAGUGGAGAGACACCAAAAAACUGUGCCUUGAGUCAUCACAGUUACAGGAAAGUCAGUUACUUGGUAGCUCACACUUCAGUCAACAGUAUUAGUUAAUGGUGCUUAGGCAAUUUGCAGCUGAAAUUAUUUUUUUUUAGAAUACUUGCAUUUUGAGGUGCUAAAAGACCAUAAAAUCUCCUAACCAGCCAGUAGUGUAGCAAAAACUACAGUACAUGUAGCAAAACACAAUUUCUUUCUAAAUGAAAGUGAAGAUAGGCUUUUUUCAUUCUCUUUGGUGCAUGCCUCCUGGAAACAUACAUAAUGGGCAGCACCCUGUGAAUAGAACACUGAGGUAACAAUAUUUAAGA